CUGUUAUCAUUCAGGGAUGUAGCUGUGGACCUCUCACAGGAGGAAUGGGAAUGUCUAGACUGUGUUCAGCGGGAAUUGUACAUGAGUGUGAUGUUGGAAAAUUACAGCAAUCUGAUUUUUGUAGGGACCCAUCGCAUAUGUGGUCAAUAUGAGUUUGUGGAUCAAGGCACAAAGCAUAUUCUCCACAAUUGUGAGAAUAUCCAUGAGAAGUCUUAUGUAUGUAAUAAGCUUGACAACCUGAUUCAUGAAUCCUUUCAAUGUACACAUUAUGACACAAAUGAUACUGCAGAAAACUGCAAUAAGUACAGAUUUGGUAACUAUGGAGAUUCCUCUGUUGAAACAGUAAAUGUAAACAGACAUAAAAGUGGGAACACUGGAGAAGAACCUUGCAAAUGUAAGGGCUGCGUAAACUGUUUAAAUUUGUAUAACAUCUUUAGCGAAAAUCAAAGAAGCCACACUGGAAAGAAAGAACACAAAAAUAAAGCUUAUGAUAGAUCUUUUGACUCUAAACAUAAAAUGGUGAAACAAACCAAGAGUGGAAAGGAAUCACACCAAAGCAGGAAGUCUGGGAAAUGCUCUAAGUUGGACUCAAGCCUCAGUAGACUUCAGAGAGAUCACACUAGAGAGAAACCCUGUAAAUGUACAAAAUGUAGUAAAUGCUUUCUGCAUUUGUCCCACCUCAAAGUCCAUUACAAGAUCCAUUCUGGAGAAAAACCCUACAAAUCUCUUAAAACUCAUCAGAUAAUUCAUAUAGGAGAGAAACCUUACAAAUGCAGUGAAUGUGACAAAUCCUUUAGCUUUUUCUCAAAACUUAGAAGACAUCAGAGAAUCCAUACAGGGGAGAAACCUUAUAAAUGUAGUGAAUGUGACAAAUCCUUUACCCAGGAGGGCAGUCUUAGAACUCAUCAGAGAAUUCAUACAGGAGAGGAACUUUACAAAUGUAGUGAUUGUGACAAAUCUUUUAGCACAAAAUGGCAUCUUAUAAAUCAUCAGAGAAUUCACACAGGAGAGAAACCUUAUAAAUGUAGUGAAUGCCACAAAUCUUUUGCCCAGAAAGGUGCUCUUUUAACACAUCAGAGAAUUCAUGCAGGACAGAAACCGUACCAAUGUAGUGAAUGUGAAAAAUCCUUUAGCUUUGUCUCAAAACUUAUAAGACAUCAGAGAAUCCAUACAGGAGAGAAACCUUAUAAAUGUAGUGAAUGUGACAAAUCCUUUACCCAGAAAGGCAGUCUUAGAACUCAUCAGAAAAUUCAUACAAGAGAGAAACUUUACAAAUGUAGUGAUUGUGACAAAUCUUUUACCACAAAAUGGCAUCUUACAACUCAUCAGAGAAUUCACACAGGAGAGAAACCUUAUAAAUGUAGUGAAUGCCACAAAUCUUUUGCCCAGAAAGGUGCUCUUUUAACACAUCAGAGAAUUCAUGCAGGACAUAAACCUUACCAAUGUAGUGAAUGUGACAAAUCUUUUUUCCACAAAUGCUCUCUUAUAAAACAUGAGCGAAUUCAUACAGGAGAAAAACCUUACAAAUGUACUGAGUGUGACAAAUCUUUUCCCCAGAAAUGCUAUCUUAGAAAACACCAGGGAAUUCAUACAGGAGAGAAACCUUACAAAUGUAGCGAAUGUGGCAAAUCUUUUGCCCAGAAAUGCUAUCUUAGAAUGCAUCAGGGAAUUCAUACAGGAGAGAAACCUUACAAGUGUAGUGAAUGUGACAAAUCGUUUUCCCACAAAUGCUAUCUUAGAAUACAUCAGGGAGUCCAUACAGGAGAGAAACCUUACAAAUGUAGUAAAUGUGACAAAUCCUUUACAUGUUGCUCAAGUCUUAUAUAUCAUCAUAGAAUUCAUACAGGAAAGAAGCCCCAUAAAUGCAGUGAAUGUGACAAAUCCUUUACCAAGAAAAACCAUCUUAGAAAUCAUCAGAGAAUUCAUACUGGAGAGAAACCUUACAAAUGUAGUGAAUGUGGCAGAUCUUUUGCCCAGAAAUACUAUCUUAGAAUACAUCAGAGAAUUCAUACAGGAGAGAAACCUUACAAAUGUAGUGAAUGUGAGAAAUCCUUUAACAAAAAAGCCUAUGUUAGAAUACAUCAGAGAAUUCAUACAGGAGAGAAACCUUACAAAUGUAGUGAAUGUGACAAAUGUUUUAUCCAGAAAUGCCAUCUUAGAACUCAUCAGAGCGUUCAUACAGGAGAGAAACCUUACAAAUAUAGUGAAUGUGAAACAUCAUUUACUGGUGGCUCAGAUCUUAGAAAACAUCAAGAAUUUCAUACAGGAGAAAAACCUUACAAAUGUAGUGAAUGUGACAAAUCCUUCUCCCAGAAAGGCCAUCUUAUAACUCAUCAGAGAAUUCAUACAGGAGAAAAACCCUAUAAAUGUAGUGAAUGUGAUAAAUCUUUUACCAGGAAAGGCCAUCUUAUAAGGCAUCAGAGAAUCCAUACAAGAGAGAAACCGUAUAAAUGUAGUGAAUGUGACAAAUCCUUUACCUGUGGCUCCAGUCUUGUAAACCAUCAGAGAAUUCAUACAGAAGAGAAACCUUACAAAUGUAAUGUAUGAGGAAAAGUGUUUACUUGCAUCUCAAGUGUAAGAAAAUAUCUGAAAAUUCAUAGUGGGGAGAAAAGUUACCAUUUGAAAUAAUGUGGCAUGUGCUUUAUCGAAGUUCUCUCCUUAGCAGCACUUAAGAAUCCAUACUAGAAAAUAAUGAACAUGAAAAACUCGUUCAAAUGUUUAAGUAAUGUUCAAACCUUAAAACAUACCAGAGUUUAUGCUGAAGGAAAUUCUGAAGAUGUGACAAUGUACAAAAAAUUUUCAUUAAAACUUUUUACUUGUUCAACCGCAAAUACUUGAUAAUUAAAACAAAACAGAGGUCUAAAGCCUGUGCUAUUGUGUAGAUGAAAUGAUCCAGUCUGAAGGGAAGCUGGUUAAGGCAGGAAAUACACCACUCAAAAAAGCUUCAAGGAAUCCCUGAAAAUGAAAGAUUCAGGAUGUUGAACUGCAAUAAACUCACAAAAUAAUGCACCUUAGAAGAGGAUUUGUCAAAGUGGGCCACCAAGAUAGGUUGUUCUUUAAUCUACGUAUGCCUACAGGUGUGCAGUGUACUCCAGUAUUCAUAAGCUGUAUCACAUGCUCAUUUC